GUCAGUGAAACUGAUUAAACAGCAGUGUUAACGGCACCAGGAAGGAACUAGAAUGACAUGGGUCAGUGCCUUUCUGUAGGUUCAGACAGUCUAUUUUCUCCUUCCUUAUUGAAUAGAUCUACUGCCUCUUUUUUUCCCCAAUAGCAGAACAUAGUUAGGACUAAUGUUUUGUUUAUUUUUAUAGUUUUCUUUGACUGUGGCUGAAGAAAUUAAUACACACCCCCUUUGGACAAAACUGCUUGUUCUCAGGAUGUCUGCCUGUUUUUCUUAAUGGGAUGAGGGUACAACUUGUUCAUUUGAAGCAGCAGAAACUGGGUGCAGGCUCAUGUCGGUGGCAGUGACGGAAAGCUUAGCCAGGAAAAACAAGUGUGUGGCCUCAUUCCUUUUGAGAACAAUGGGAAAUGGCAGCCAUUUCUGGGUGAAACAAGAGUUUGCUGUGAAGCAGACAAAUGCUGGAUGUAGAGUACCACAAUACUGAAAAAAGAGAUCUUUCCUUAGGGAAAAUGAGUUGCAGAUACUGCCCACCAGUCUAGUCAAAACCUACCUACCCUAAAAAAAUCCAAUUUGAUGAAGCCUUUCCAUGACAUCCUGCAAGUUGUAACAGAAAGGGUGGUGUAAAAGUUUCUACUGCAUGUUGUGCCAGGUAGAACAAUAAGAUAUGCCUCUAAAUCUCUUCUAAGUUUCGAGCAGUGUCACAUUAGAGGCUAAUUUAUCACUGUGAUUGUGAGUUCUCACGUUUUUUUUCUGUGCACAAACUGUGGCAAGUGAUGUGAGGGUGAACUGAAAAUCUCAUAUGUAAGUCAGGGUAUCAGAUGAUGUGUAAAAUUUAAUUUUAACUUUAAAGCUGAGAAGGCUGCUUCACACUGGUGUUGCUUGGUGUUUUGUUUUGUUUUUUUUUUUCUGAAGCUUGAAAAUUGCCUUCUAAAAACAAAACAGCUGCCUUUCCUGGUGAGAGGUUGUUGUGGGCUGGGGGAGCUGGAUCCCACUAAACUCCUCUGCCCCAGUACUGCACUGGCCAAGUGGUUGGAUGCAGGGGAUUGCUUUGCGCUAUUUUCCUUUUACCCAAUUAUGCUUUGUGGGAUGUUCAACCCAAGGAACAUGGCUGAACGAAAGAGGAAGCCCAAGUUUUCCAAGGAGGAACUGGACAUUCUGGUCACUGAGGUGACCCGAAAUGAAGCCGUGCUGUUUGGGAGGGAGACGGUGCGUCUGUCCCAUGCUGACAGGGACAAGAUCUGGGAAGGCAUAGCCAGGCAGAUCACAUCAGUCAGCCAGGUCCCCAGGUCUGUAAAAGACAUUAAGCACAGAUGGGACGACAUGAAGAGAAGGACCAAGGACAAACUGGCAUUCAUGCAGAGGUCCCUCUCCAGCCCUGGCAGCGUGGGGCGACCUUCGGCCAUCGUCCUGACCACCCAUGAGAGAGCCAUGGAAUCAGCGCUGCAUUCGUCACACCAGAGACACAGCUGCCAGAGAGCAGAUCUGGACGUGGUUGACAGUCCAUCAACGAGCUCUGAUGAAGAUGAAGAGAUGCCAGGCACUUCUCAGGAACACCACUUCGCUUCGCUGCAGAGGGCUGGUGCAGGUGUCAAUCCGUUCUCCAGGCCCUCCCUCCUUCACACUUCUUCCUCAUCAGAGCCCUCGGGAGCUGCCAGCCAAAGGCAGGAACUGCACUGUCCAUCCCCACGCACCACCUCGGCCUGCAGACCCCCGCACCCCCGCACCAGGAGCCCGCCCCUCUCCAGCUUCGAUCGCCAGCUUCUCCAUUGCCAUGCACAGCAAGCAGACCUGUUCAGGCAGUUCUGCCAGGAGCUGGUGGCCAUCCAUAGGGACAUGGCAGAUAGCAUGCAUGCCGUCAGCCGGAGCGUGGCUGACCUCACCAGCCAGGUCAGCCAGAUGUGUCAGACGCUGACAGAAAUACGUGAUGGGGUCCGGGCUUUCCAUAGGAUACAAGAUCCCAGUGUCAUGCCAGGGUCCUGUCUGCAAGCAGCUUGCUCUAAACAGCCCCCUGAGCCCAGUGCAGAGUCUAACCAAAACUCUCUAAAAUGGACAACUCCUGCACGGGCCACCAGGUCACGAAAAAGAAAACAUCAGUUUUAGUCUGUAUUUUACAAAGUAAAGAAGGAUGGCACUUCCUGAGCUGCUGCAUGUUCCUCCCCAUGUGUAUCACUACUCUGUGGGGAAGGUCAACAGCUGACCCAACCCAUCCACCCCCCUGCUGGCUAACAGAGCAGUAUGAGUAUGGCAACUAAUUUUAGGACCAGCCCUCUGCAAUGGCAAAGAAGAAUCUCAAAUUCUGUAGAGCUUGGAAUGUAGGAUAUCUUUGGGUUCAUAGAGAUUUAGAGUUUUCACUGGCUUCCCCAUGCUUUAAAUGCUGUAUAAACUAGGAAAUGCAAUAGAAAUCGUUAUCUGUAUCUCUUCCCAUGCCUGUGAAAUAUUUUUACUGAAGCAGCAUGCUACAGAGAUCCUUUUGCAAUCAACUCACAAAUUUAUCCUACUACUGCAUUCCCAUAAUCUUCCUGAAUAUUCGUAUAUGCAGUAUGUGCAAAAAUACAGCCUUAUGACUCUAAAAUCUCUUGUUGAUCAUGGCUUUUAUCUCUCAUUCAGCAAUAGUGGACUGUCUGGGGCUUACUGUGACUUACACACAGCUUUGGGGAGAAGAGUGUAAAAGCAGGGCUUGUGCAGGGAAGGGAAGAAAGCAUGGUUCUGAGGACAGGUCUGAGCACCAUGGAGUUUUAGACUGCUCAAAAGGGUUGCAAAAAGCAUAGGCAUGGAUCCUGCAGUGUCACGUGCACUUGUGUUAAAGAGUUCAGCUUCUGUUUGCUCCAGUCUGAAACCCCUACCUUUCACAAUUGCAGUUAAAAUACAAUCAUUUCACCACAUGACAACAUUUAAAGAUAAUUGUAUCAUAUUUUCUUGCAUGUUGUCAAAUCAAACCACCUCACCCCUUCAAAAUGACUGAACAGAAAUGAGAAAAGAUGUAGGGCCUGCUUCUGACCUCACGCCAGUUUGGUUUGGUUUUGCUGUAAUUCUGUCAUCUUCAGUACAAUUACUUUGCACUUAGUUUUAUUUAGGGUGGGAUCUGUGCUAUGUUCUCCUCUCAUGAAGAGUUUUCAGUCUAAAUUCACAGCUACAUAGGUUAAAAUCUUAGGCAUGUUGGUUUUAUACUGCUUUCUUUCCCCAUAUAGAUGCAAGAAAGAUCUGCAUUACAGCAUUUGAAUUGCUCUAGAGCUGUGUGAGGUUCCCGUGUACAACACUGAUUCUGGAACUAGGCUUUAAUAGUGUCACUUCAGGUGGUCAUAAUGUAUGUGGUACCUCUUCUAUAAUAUGUCUGUUUUCUCCUUAAUUUGCACUUCUGCAUCUAGCACGCUGCCCCCAUCUCUGGAAAAACCCAGACCAUUAUUCUGAUAGGCUUCAGCAGGGAAAAGGGUCAAGGUGUUAAUCACAUAGCACUCUGUGCUCUCCAGGCUGUCCUGUUGUGUUUGGAGGUUGGUUGCAGGAAACUAUUCCAGUUAAUAUGAAUGAGCAUCAUCCUGCCAUGGCUGGGUUACAGACUUGGCAAAAAAGUUACAGAAACUUCCAUGGAAUUGAACAUAGGCAGCGUGGUGUAGCAGAAGGAUGGCUUGUUUUGUGUGGUCUUCAAGGGUCGUCUUUAACUUGUCUGGCCUCUUCUUUGAAAGUAUAGCGCACUAGCUUCUUUCCUGAAAAGUUUGUUGUAUUUCUGCUGUGUCAGGCAUUCCUGACAUGCUUUUCCUUUUUUUUUUUUUUUUUUUUUUAAGAUGUUCUGUAAUUCUAAUUAAAGUAAUAUAUUUUUAGUGGUGCAAUAAAAGAUUGCUCAAGGAAAUAGUGGUCUGGCAAGAAAAAAGCCUCAUUUCUGAGGAAUGACCCAACUGGUUUCAUGCAGAGGACAUUCCUUUUAGUGCUUGUGCCCAGACCAGGGCAGAACUUGCUUGUCUUCCACUGAGGAUGUUCUUUUACUCCUGUUGAAAUAUUUGUAUUCUGCAAAAGUCACAGUCUCUCUUCAGAUGAAGGGGAGAUUGGGAGAUCUGUCAAAAGUGGAUCUAAUUUAUGAAUCAGAGAGCUGAAAAAAGGGUGGUAUAUGUUAAAGGCUUUCUAAGUCAAUAUAGUGCUGCUGCUAUAUAUUAAUAUUAGUAUUUUAUAUUUUUAUAAUAUUUGGUCUCUACUGAUGUCCCUCCAUGCAUAUGAUUGGCUCCUUUGAUGUUGUCCAGGGGGAUCCCUUCUGGAAACCCUCAGGUCUGCAGAGGAGGAGACUCCUGCAGGUGCUGGGCAGUGGAGGGAGUUAGCAUCAUUGGUGCCAUCAAUUUGCCCACCCAGAUAUAUUUAGAGAGAGAAUCCUGGUGCCAGAUGCACAGCCCUCAAUGCAAAUCCCCAAAGGCCGGGCACUGGUCAGGAGAAAGGACCUUUUACUAUCAACUGCCUAAUGUCUCCCCUAGUUUCCUCUGUGGACUAUUACAGAUUGGCCCAGAUCUGGGGACGUAUCUCCUGCCCUGUGUAGACCCCUCGGUGGAGUGGCUUUUCUGUAUUGGCUUGCAAAGGAUACUUCUUCCUGCACCUAUCAUGCUAACUGGCUGUUGAAGUAAGUGUCUGUGUCAAAGCAAACUGCUGUGCUCAACCCCAAUAUCUCCAUGUCCUGUACAUGCUGAAAAAAUUCUCUCUUUAAAAGUAUUUUUGUUAAGAAUGCAAUAAAUACAUAACACUUUUACCACA